AUGGGUUCCAUCGAAAUCAGCGACAUGGGGACAGGCGGCGUGCCACCCACGCCCAAGCCCGCGCCUGAGCAUGUCCGCGGCCAUGUGGCCGACCACCCAUCCAUCACGAUCCCCAUGCACAACGUCCCGGCCUUCACGCCCACCAAAAAGUUGCGCGUGGUCACCAUCGGCGCCGGCUACAGCGGCAUGAUCUUCGCGCACAAGCUACAAUACACUUAUGCCGCUGAAUUCGCGGACCUGGUCGAACACACCAUCUACGAGGCCAAGUCCUGCGCGGGCGGCACGUGGGUGGCCAACACGUACCCGGGCGUGCAGUGCGACGUGCCCAGCCACAUCUACGUGUUUCCGUUUGCGCCCAACGCCGAGUGGUCGCGGUUUUACUCCACGGGGGCGGAAAUCAGGGAGUAUUUCCAGCGGACGGUGCGGGAGUGGAACCUCGACAGGGAUGUGGUGUAUAAUACGACGGUCGAGCGGGCCGAGUGGGAUGAGGGACGGGCGCAGUGGCGGUUGGAAGUGAGGCGCAGAGGCAGCGACAGCGGAGGUGACGCCGGGGCCGAUACCAUCUCAGGGAGCGGCACUCACGCCGACGCCGAUACUAACUCGGGCACUGCCAAUGGCACUCACACUCACACUCACACAGACACCGCCACCCGGACCGAGUAUUGCGACGUGCUGGUCUCGGCGCGCGGCAUCCUCAGCCACUGGCGCUGGCCCUCGAUCCGCGGCCUGCACACGUUCCGCGGCCACAAGGUCCACAGCGCCGCGUGGGACCACACGUUCGACUACGGCGGCAAACGCAUCGGCCUGAUCGGCAACGGCAGCAGCGCGAUCCAGAUCCUGCCGGAGAUGGCGCGCCUGCCGGGCACGAGGCUCACCUGCUUCCAGCGCACGCCCACGUGGGUGGUCUGCCGGCACACGCCCGCCAAGCUGGUCGGCAGCGACGACCCGAGCCCCAACCCGGCGUACCGCGACGAAGAUAAGGCGCGGUUCCGCGCGGACCCGGCCGCGCUCCACGAGUAUCGCAAGAAAAUCGUCGGCAACGUGAACCGCGGGUUCCGGAUCUUUGAAAAGGCGAGCCCGCAACAGCGCGAGAUCCGCGAGUUCGCGACGCGCCAGAUGGCGGAGAAGCUGGGCCACGACCCGCGACUGUGCGCGAUGCUGAUCCCGGAGUUUGAGGUCGGGUGUCGGCGCGUGACGCCGGGGAAUGGGUACCUCGAGGCCUUUACGAGGGAUAAUGUGGCGCUGACGCAGAGUCAUAUCGAUCAUGUCGACGAGCGAGGGAUCCGCACGAUGGACGGGGAGUACUAUGAGCUGGACGUCAUCAUCUGCGCGACGGGGUUUGACGUGUCGAAUGUGCCGCCGUUUCCGAUCGUCGGGCGGAAUGGUACGGACCUGCGCGAGAAGUGGAAGCAUGAGCCGGAGUCGUAUUUGUCCGUGGCCUGCCCUGAGAUGCCAAACUUCUUCAUGUUCAUGGGCCCCAACGCCACCAUCGGCCACGGCUCGCUCAUCUACAGCCUCGACUGGACGGCCGAGUGGAUCGUGCAGUGGCUUCGCAAGCUCGCGCGAGAGGACAUAGCAAGUGUGGCUCCCAAGCAGGACGUCGUCGACGAGCUCGUGCGGUACGGCGAUGAAGUCAUGAAGACGUUGACCUGGACGGGGAAUUGCCGGUCAUGGUACAAGAACAACCGCGUCGACGGGCGCGUGACGGCCACGUUCGCCGGCAGUGCCAUGCUGUUCCGCGAAAUGGUCGAGAGGAUCCGGCCCGAGGAUUUCGAGCUGCGGUAUCGCUCGAGGAAUCGGUUCCGGUUCAUGGGGAAUGGGUUCACAAGGUUUGAGUUGACGGACGGGGUGGAUUUGGCGUGGUAUGUAUGA